AUGAAAAGCCAUUAUAAGAAUAAGUCACACAAACACAAAUCAGGAGUAUCAACGAAUGCUGUUCGCAUAAGUGGAGGUCAUUUAUUAACUAAAACAAAUGUUGAUUAUGAUUCAACAGACGAAAUGGACGAACUAAUGAUUCCUCCAUUCUUUCAACAUGCCUUAAUCAAUGGAAUACCUCCUCCUAAGAUCACAGAACUCAGGCCAUGGCAGAAAGGCCUCUUAGCCACAGAUGAUUGGAAACAAAAUAAAAGUUGCAUUGUUGUUUCACCGACAUCAGGCGGAAAGACACUUAUAGCAGAGAUAGCAAUAGCACAACUCAUAGAUGAUGAUCCAAACGCAAGAGUGAUCUACGCACUACCAUUCGUUGCAUUGGCAAUGGAGAAAUACAUCGAAUUCAAACAAAGAUUUUCAAUGUUUGAUGUCAGACCGUUUUUUCAAAAUCUUGGUGGCGAUUUCAAGUCAGGAUCAAUUGCUAUAUGCACAUAUGAGAAAGCACAUUCAUUAUUCAAUCAAGCUGUUAAAUUUGGAUAUUUCGACCAAAUUAAAUUAAUAAUCAUUGAUGAGAUUCACAUGAUUGGUGAUGACAACAGAGGAAUUGUAGUAGAAUCACUACUCAUGAAACUGAGAAUGCUUCCAAAGAAACCAAGAAUCAUCUGUUUGUCUGCAACAGUCAAUAAAAUCGAUGCAAUCAAAAUUUCCAUGGUAAUUGACGGAUAUUUCACAAUUUGCGAACAGAGAACACAAGAAUUGCGUUAUUACAUCAGUUUUGAAGGAAAAUUAUUCAGAAUAAAAGAUUCAGAAGCUUCAAAAAUAAUAACAAACAAUUCAAUUAAAAGUGACAAUGACAAAAUUUUACCAUUGAUAAAACCAUUGAUUGCGCGCAAGAAUGGACAGAGUUGUUUGAUAUUUGUCAACACGAGAAAUGAAAGCAACAGGAUCGCUUUGUUUAUUUCUCAAAACAUAGAUAAGGAAAUUCCUGGAUGCGAAGAAAUUUCAAAGGACAAUGAAAAGAUAAUUGAAGGAAGAGAAAAACUGAUUUCAGAAUUGGCAAAAUGUUCUACAGGACUGGAUAAAUGCCUUGGCGGCUGCAUCAUGAAAGGAAUAGGAUACCACCAUGCUGGAUUAUUAUUAGAAGAAAGGAAAAUAGUUGAAAAAGGUAUCAAAAGUGGUUUGAUAAACAUAAUUGUCGCAACAACAACAUUGAGUGCAGGUAUAAAUAUUUCGUCUGUGUCAAGAGUUAUUGUUUACAAUCCUUAUCGUAAAAGUGACAAUAAAAAGACGAUUAUUUCUCCAUCACUUUUACAACAAAUGGCCGGACGAAGUGGACGAACAGACACCACUUCUGGCGAUGUCAUUGUUAUUGCGAGGAGUAGUUAUGAGUUCAAUGAAAUUAUCAAAUUAUACAACACUCCAAUUCCAUGCAUUACUUCAAAUAUUGUAAAAGGAGGAGAUAUGAACUCUUAUUUGCUACAGACAUUGGCAUUGAGAUUGUCAAAUGGUCCUUUCACUAUGAAUGAGUUUUUGAAGAAUUCAUUUGCAUUCCAAAUCGUUUCAACUAAUGAAUACAAUCUUUCAAAGAUAUUAAAUCAAAAAGAUUCAAAAAAGAAAAAUCCAAAAAGUGACAAAAUUGAUGUUUUGAAUGAAAAUAAUAGUGAUGAAGAAAAGAACAAUGUUGAGAGAUCAAAAGCAAUUGUUAAUGAUUGUUUGAAGUAUUUAGUUGACAAUAAUUUGGUUGAAGAUAAAACAUAUGAAGCAACAAAACUUGGAAAAGCAAUUACUUCCUCAAAUUUGUCAAUUUCUGAAGGAUUGAGAUUGAAUGAAGCAGUGAAAAAGAUAAUGAAAAUGCUUUGUUUGAGUGAUAGUUUGCAUUUGUUAUAUCUUUGCAUUCCCAACCAAACAGGAAUUUAUUUGCCGCCAUUCACAGACAAUACUUGGGAAACAAUUUUCCUGAAACAUUCUCAUGUAAUUAAUUUGAUUACAGACAAAACUCAGGAAGAUCUGAGAAGAAUGAUUAUUCAAUCAUUCAACGGAAAAAAACUUUCUCAAAGCGAAAUGUCUCUGUUUGAAAGAAUUUAUGCUGGAUGUGUUUUGGAGAAAUUGAUUGAUGAACAUUCAAUUGUUGAGAUUGAAAGUAUGUUCAAAAUCGACAGAGGAACAAUUCAGAUUCUCCAAACAAGCAGUGGAAGUUAUGCUGGUCAAGCAACAAAAUUUUGCGAGGAGAUGGAUUAUUCGAUUUUGGCUGCUGCUUUGGUAAGAUUCAGAAAGAGGUUGGAAUUCGGAGUCAAAGAUGAAUUGAUUGAGUUGAUGGAGAUUCCUUCUAUAACAAGAGAAAUUGCAAGAGAUCUCUAUAACAACGAUAUCAAAACUACAAUUGAUAUCUGUGAGAUGUCAAGAAGAGAUUUGUACCAUAUUGUGAAGAAAGCAAAAGGAGGAUUUGGAUCGGGAUUGAAUGACAAUGAUAUCAAAUCUAUUUCUAGGUCAAUAAAGAGUGAAGCGAAGAAACUAUCAAAACAUAAAAAUUUAUUAGAUGAUUAUGCUGAAAAGGCAACAUUGAAUGCAAUGGGCAAAUGA